AUGGCGAGUGCGCGCGCGGCGCUGGACUCGAACCCGUUCGAUGACCCGAGCGUGCAGAGUGCGAUGCACAGCGGCGGGGAUGACUUAGAGAACCCAUUUGACACCGAGUCGCUGCGUCCCGGAAGCGUCGGCGGAUACGCGCCGCCGCUGGACGAGGACGAGGACGAGGUGUACCCCACGAGCACGCACGGCACCGCUCCCGCGCAUGCGAUGCACGACGACGACCUUGCGCGGCGCGAGCGCGAGCUUGAGGAGCGUGAGCGCGAGCUCGAUGCACGCACGGAGCACAUGCGCAAGUUUGGGCGCAACAACUGGCCGCCGUUCUACCCACUGAUCUACCACGACAUUGACAGCGAGAUCCCGCCGGACUCGCAGGAGGUGAUGAAGCAUCUGUACUAUCUGUGGCUGCUCUGGUCCGCGACGCUCGUGUGGAAUCUGCCGACCAUGGUGUUGAUGGCGAUCUACGCGGGCGGCAACUUUAUUGGCGCCGUGUUCUACCUCGUCCUGCUGAUCCCGCUGAGCUUUGUGCUGUGGUACCGCCCGGUGUACAACGGACUAAUGAAGGAGCAUUCGCUCUUUUACUACGUGUACUUCCUCUUUGCAGGCUUCCACCUGCUCUUUUCGGCGUACGCCAUCAUCGGCUACCCCUCGAGCGGCUGCGGCGGCAUCUGGAGCGUCGUCCACGCCUUUUCCAACAAGAAGAUCCUCGCGGGGGUCUUUGCGGUAAUCUCCACGGCGGGAUUCUCGGUGCAGGGUCUCGGCAACCUCUGGUACUACCGUGUGAUUUAUGAACACAACAAGCAGAAGGGACACACGUUUGCGCAGGCCAAGGCCGAGCUGGCUUCGCAUGGCAUGCGCGCCUACUUUAUGCGCGGCUCUCAGGUAUAG